CGAUGUAAAAUAUAAAAGCUUUGAUUGUGAAGUUACUUCAACGUCAUGCUGUUACUCGUAAGCACAUAAUGGCCCACUUAGUUAUAUGCUAAUUUCUUAGAAACGUGUAUGUGAGAUCACAAAAAUUUCACCUAUAAAGCCAGUUUUAUUGUCGGAUAUACAUAAUGUACAAGUAAUGCAAUUAAAAAAUUAAGUGCUCCUGCGGAGAGGCGGUGACGUCAAAGUCAUGGGGCAUCUACAUCCAAUUACCGUGAGGAUUUAUUUCUACUGUUGUCUCCGUUCUUCGACGUCAACUCGAGAGUUUAGUGCGGAAAAGAGCCGAAGAAAUGGCGGAUCAAGAGGUGCAGAGUGGGAUUUCUUCGAGUGAAAUACGAAUCCGAAACGUAGAAAACGAAGAAAUUAUUAUAUCAGGAGCUCAAUUAAAGAAAGUCCUGAACACGAAUUUAGAACUUCUCCUUACAUAUGAUGAAAAUUCGAAAGUACUGUUUAUGCCUUUUCCAAUCGAGACCAUCAGACAAUUCGUUACUUAUGUACAGACGGACGAUCCCGGACUGACCUCUUUUACACACGCAUUCGAUCUGUAUCAUCUGAGUUUAAGAUACGAGUUAGACGAUUUAAGAAAGAAAUGCAGAUCAUUUAUCAUUCGCCAAAUAAAUCUGCAUAAUGUCUGUGCAAUCCACGAUUUUGCACGUGAAAUCGGUGAUCUGGCCAUAACUUAUUAUUGCUGGCAAGCUUUCGACUAUCACGGAGAAAGACUAUUUGCAACAGACGACUUUAUGUGCUGUAAAAUUGCAACAAUUGAUAGACUGCUAUCUCGAGCGAUAUAUGAAUCUGUCAGUGAAUUGCGUUUACUCGAAGCCGUGUAUCAGUGGAGCAUAGAAGAAGUUCAAAGAAAAUUAGGUGCAGAGAACAUCCACUCAAUGAAUGAAGAAUCGAAAAUAAACGUAAUAAGAAAUGUUAUGCAGCCAUUUAUUGGAAAAGUCAGAUUUCUUGCUAUGAAAGAAUACGAAUUGCAAUCUUGUGUUUUUACAAUGAACUUGUUAAGCGAAUUAGAAAAGAUUCAUAUCUGGCAUGCUUUUAAGACUGGUAAUUAUUCUUUUUAUCCCAGUUACUUCAGUCGAGAAACAAAAACCAGAAGUGGAAUAAAUUAUUUUAGCUUGUUCUCGUACGUAAAUCGUGGAGUUCCUUUUAUGGUCGCAAACAGAAAGAUGGAAGGUUACAUAAAUUUUAGCAGCCAAGUAGCUGUGUGGGAAGAUUGUUACGUCACGGCUCUUCGAUUUCCGGUGAAGCUUCGCGAAUGUUUUCGAAUAUGCGUACACGGGUAUAUUAACUCUUUGGACAACAUGCAGUUUUCGUUUGAUACCAUAUGCAAUUCAGAGGGAGUAGCAGAUCUGGAAACGAAGUUUUAUCUAAAGAAAUAUUGGUCAAUUCGUUUCUUUGCUUUCUUUUACCGCGCUGAAUAUGUCCAACCCGAUAUCGAGUUUUCAUUUGAACUGAGUAACUUCGUGAGCGACGAAGGAACAGAUGCCAGGAAAUUUGAAGACAAAUUUCUAACCUGUGACAGAAACCUUGUGAAUAAUAUUUAUUUUUCGGUUGAUUUAUAUUUUUGAAGUCAAAAGUUUCUGUGGAAAAAAGCGAAAUCUAAACGAGAAUAUAAUGUAAAGUUAAUUCGAAUGUGAUUAUUUCUUACUGUAUCGCUGUAAAAUUUCCUUAAAAUGUGUGUACGUGAAUGAGAUAAUGAAUUUAUCGGAUUUACAGAACACAAAAUGUUAAUUUAAAGUGGUAAUUAAUGUAACUUUUCUUUCUGAAAUGUAAAUUGUCAACGCCGUAUUCUGUUAUUCCAGAAAGACUUAUUGAUUUUGUAUUCAGGUAAUUUUAUGAAAAUUAUAUGUACAGGUACAGUACUAUGCAUUUGUACUUUUAUAUUAACAUUAAGACUCAUUCCGAUUACCUCAAUCUAUUACAAGUAACACGUUCAGAAAUAUAUAAUAAUCUUUAACUAAAUUUCGUAAAAACCGUGCGUCGUAGUAAUACAUUAAGCAAUUUUUUAUGAUUAAUAAAUAUUUUACGAUAUUC